AUGUCCGAGUCCUCUUGGGUGGAGACUUGCAAUUUUCAUGGUUUGAUUGAAAAUGUAUUAUCGGUUGGAGGCUCUAGGCAAGAGAUCCGAUUGUUCACACCAAUAUGUAGAGUAGUGGAGAGGACUGCAAUUGAGAUGGAAUUCAUUUACUGGGGGUGUAGUCGAAUAUCGGAAUCCAGAAGGCGGUAUACGUCGGAAGAAGGUGGUGGGAUUGGUGGGAUUCUGGAGAAGUGCCAACAUGUCACUGCUGUGACAGACGCCCUUGUGGCCUCGUACUGCCUCUUUAAGUGGUGCCCGCUUCGACAAUCAGGCAUUCCCGAUGGUGCGGUUAGGCUUUCCAUUGGGCUUCAUUUAGGGUGGCUGUGUUUGAGGCUCCACUUACACAAUGACAGCUGUACGGGAAUCGCUCUUGGCUUAAAUAACGAUAUUCUAUCAACAGGCAAAUUCUGUAGCUGUUUACAAGAGAGUCAAGCUCAAGGUCGAGUUGGAAGCAUAAGGUCCGGCCCUCUACUUUUUGGAGUCACUAAGGACUCUUUGAAAAGGUGCUUGUUAGCUGCCGGCGUAGCAGGUUACUGUGGGAUUUUAGUGCUGGAUAAUUUUGCAUGGCUACUUUUCUACUCCCAUUUUGAUUUAUUUGUGUUUUGGAGCGCCUUGAAGGCGGCACCUUCGCUAAGCGCGAUUGACUGGCUUGCGAUUUCACUCUUCGAUUGA